AUGGCGGUCGAUGGGAACAAUGCUGUUAACGUUAUAUUAAGACCGACGGACACUGCGCGGGAAUUAGGCAAAAAUGUAACACUGGCAUGCAUAGUUACCGACAAGACCUCGUCGGAAAGCGUACAAUGGAAAUAUAAACCAGCUUUGAGCGACGCUUUCAAUGCGUUGACUUUUAACGAAAACGUCUUAUCCGAUCCGACUAAAUAUGGUAUUCAGUGGACGUACAAUCUCACCGUGUAUAACCUGCAACCGGAAGACGCUGGUUUAUACCGGUGCACAGCAGGUGGUGUAGACUAUGAUGCAACUCUUAUUGUUGUCGAUCUUCCAGAAAAUGUGUCUAUAGAAAUGGUAGGACAGCCGAACAAUGGUGAGACACACAACCUGACGUGUAAAGUUAUCAAUGGAUUACCGCCGCCGACAAUACGUUGGCUUAUCAACGGUGUUGACAUGACCAGUAAUGCUGUUACAGAGAACACGACUCUAACAGGGACAGGAUACGGCGACAUUACUAGUUACCUUUCACUAGAACUCGACGCUUCAAUGAAUGGGAAGGGAGCGGAAUGUAUCCUGUCAUAUGGUGGCUGGGAAAAUGCAGUCAAAGCUACAUAUACCAUCCAAACACUCUACCCCGGUGGACUGUCCAACUCUGGGACCGGAUUCUACAACCCUGGUACGAUCGUGUUCCCUAGCGGUAGUUCCAAUACAAACCUCUCGUCAUCUGCCCUUGGUAAUGGAGGAUCAGGGGGAAUGCCAAACAGGGGGAUGUUCAUGAUCAAGUUUAUAAAGCAGUCUGCGAGCGAGAACAUCAACUGGGAAAUGCAACAAUAUUCGCCAUAAAAUUAAGUGACUGACAAUAUAUGUACAUGCAUCUCUAUGAUUUUCUUUACCAAAUUUGUCAAUUGAUUUUAAUCUUUGCUGACAUUAAGAAACAGACUUAUCCUGUUUCAUAAUUGAAAUUAUCGAUAUUUUACUUAUUACCUCCAAAGCUAAUUCCAAAAUAUUAAUAGUAUUAAGCCAGGACGACUACAAAUAGCCGAUAUAUAAACAGUCUAGACCCAGGUUGUUAUGUAAACAAUAAAGGGUUUUGGCCGCUAUGUAAACAGCAAAGAGUCAGGCCGACUUAAAGGUAACUUUGAUGGGUUGCAUAAACAAGCCCCUAUUGCCGAUAACGUGAACGAACGGUUCACAUUUUCAUCUUCAUGUUGUUUGUUUACACCAUAUAAAAUAUAG